AUGCUAUCAUUUUAUGUUUUAAUUAUUUUAUUAAUAGUAUCAUUUGUGGUAUGCGUGAAAGUCAGUCCAAGAGAGAAAGAUAGUAAACGCAAUAUUGUAUUAAUCGUCGCCGAUGAUUUGGGUUGGAAUGACGUCAGUGUGCAUGGUAGUGAUCAAGUAUUGACGCCCAAUAUUGACUCGCUGGGUUACCAUGGUGUCACAUUGGGGAGGUACUACAGUAAUUGCAUAUGCACGCCUUCUCGCGCCGCCCUACUCUCCGGCAAAUAUGCAUAUACGACAGGUAUGCAAGGCUGGCCAUUGACUGGCGGUGAGGAUAGAGGUCUUCCCGUCACACAUAAAAUAUUACCGCAAUAUUUGAAAGAGCUUGGCUAUGCUACACAUUUAGUAGGCAAAUGGCAUGUUGGUAGUUCUAGAGAAGAGUAUCUGCCAACAAAAAGGGGCUUUGAUUCACAUUUUGGACACAGGCUAGGAAGUAUAGAUUACUACGAAUACACUUACGAAGAGAAUUGGACAAUUGGCAAAGUCUCCGGGAUGAAUAUGUUCAGAAACCAAACAGCGGCGUGGGAUGCUGAAGGAUACGCAACGGACUUGUAUAACAACGAGGCUAUUUCAAUCAUUAAUUCCCAUGAUGAAACUAAACCACUUUUCCUAAUGUUGGCACAUCUCGCUCCACACAGUGCCAAUGAAGGCGCAUUACUUCAAGCGCCUCCUGAAGUAGUUAGAUCUAUGAGACAUGUAGAAUCACCAGAAAGAAGAAUUUUUGCAGCUAUGGUAAAGAAACUCGACGACAGUGUUGGCGACGUCGUAGAGGCAUUGUCAAGAAAAGGCAUUUUGAAUAACACUAUUAUCGUUUUCAUAUCCGACAAUGGUGGUAUGACAUCAGGAGUGACUGUUAACUAUGGUAGUAAUUAUCCUUUACGAGGUAUUAAAUUAAGUCCUUAUGAAGGAGGAGUAAGAGUAAAUGGAGCAAUUUGGGCACCUGAAAAUGUGGCGAGUCAUUUGUAUGAAGGGUAUGUUCACGUAACAGAUUGGCUGCCUACCUUACUUAAAGCGGCUGGAAGAGAUCCUCCGAAAAAUAUAGAUGGUCAUGAUUUAUGGAAUAAAAUAAUGAAAAACAAAGUUUCCAGUAGAAGUGAAAUUGUAGACAUAGACGAUAUGCAAGGUUAUGCAUCAAUUAUCUCUAAAAAUUACAAAUUGAUAACUGGCACAGUGUUUAAUGAAUAUAGCAACUAUCAAGGCAAAGAAUUAUUGGGAGUCAUUGGAAACCCUCCAUGCUAUAUCGAUGCGAUUAAAAAUAGUAAAGCCUACAAGGUUUUUACAAAAAUGGGCAGAUCUGUGCCAAUUGAUAUCAGUAGUGUAAGAAAUGCAUUAAAAAUUGAAUGCCAGAAACAAAUUAAAGCAGAUGAUGUUAUAUGUUAUCCUGGCAACGGAACAGUCUGUUUAUAUAAUAUUAAAAAAGAUCCAUGUGAAACUACAGAUCUGUCUAAAGAAUAUCCCGAACUUGUAAAUAAAAUGCUCAAAGUUUUGAACAUUGAAAAGAAAAGAGUAAUACCAAGAGUUCCGACUAUAAGACAACCUAGAGCAAACCCUGUUUAUUUUAACUACACUUGGGACGUAUUUGUGGAUGUGGUUUAA